AUUUUACACACAAGUGCCGCGAAAGUCGUUAUAAACUUCCGGUUUUUGACUCUCCCCUCUGACCCCUGACGCGAUGACGGAUGAGUGGAGUUUAGACAAUUUGCCAUCGGAUGUACUGUUGUUGAUAUUCGGUUAUUGUCACGCUUUUGAUCUUGUCAGGCUCUCCGAGGUUUGUCGGAGAUUCAAUGAUCUCAUUGCUGAAGAUAUUUUAUGGUUCGAGAGAAGAGCCAAACCUCUUGCAACAAAUCAAGCCUCAAAGAGAUUUCGAGACAGAUGCAAUACCAUUUUGUGUCUUCGUACAAGAUGGCAUGUAUCGGAAAAUUGGCAAAGAGGCAAGUAUGCGGAAAAAAUUCUUCAUUCAUGGGAGAUGAACACCAUGCCAUGGAUUUAUUUGACCAAAGAAACUCUGUGGUGGAGCGGAGGCAAUCAGUUGUGCGCAUUUCGACGUAGAUGCAAUCGAUAUUCGCGUCCACAUGAGCCAUGGGAUGAGACUGACAAAAUAUUUAACAGAAAUAAUAUCAACAGCGAUAUAUCAAAGUUUGUUGUACGUAAUCAAUAUGUGAUAAGCGGUCACAGGGAUGGACAUAUUACCUUCUGGUCCAAGUCAACCAAACAAGACACUCACUCAGAUUUACAUAUACAAAAUGCUCACACUAGCAACAUAAACGCGAUUGAUGAAAUUUCUGGUACAAUAAUUUCUGGAUCUGCCAAUGGUACUGUGAAGUUAUGGUCACAACCACUAGAAAAUGUGCCAAAUUUUCCUCUCGCUACUAUCGAUGUUCUUGACAGAGUUUGGUCACUGUCAGCAGAUCGGGAUGCUGGAAAAGUAGCAGUUGGUUCAUCUGGCCAUCACUCGAUACCACCGUUGAAAAUUUUUGACUUGGAAUGCUGUAGCGAAUCUAUUCUCAUAAGGCAUCGGUGGAGACGUGGUGCCGGUAUCUAUGACAUGCUGUGGGAAAAUUCUAAUAUUCUGUUGACUUGUGGCUACGAUACUUGUGUACGGAAAUGGGAUACAAGGACGGGAAGUUGCGUCGCUACCUGGUCGGAUCCAACUGACGCUGCACUUUACUGUUUGAGCUCCGAUUAUCGUUUCACAAUUGUAACAGGCACACAGUACAAUUGCAAAGCCGUUCUAUGGGAUCAAAGAAUGACAAAAUAUGUGCAGUUAUUUUUCCUGACCAACGUAGGGAGAAAGUCAAGUCCACUGUACAGUAUCUCGUUCGACAGUUCGAGUUUCUAUGGUGCUACGGAUCGACGUUUGAUCGAAUUGACAUUUUCGGGUUACGAUUAUUGCGAGAAUGAUUAUAAAAAAUUUCUCUGUUCCCAAAUACCCCAGACCGACACAGUGAACGGAAUUCGUUGAAAUUUUUAUUAAUUUUUCAACGAUGAUUCAACUUUGUAACGGAUCCACCAAAACGAUUGUUGAACAACGACACUGGAACUCCGGAACCAUGAAACUCCUGAAUAAUGUGGACACGAUGAAUUAUUAAAUAAUGAAACACUCGAUAAAAGUGUACUACUACAUGUAAAGAUAUAGAGAUAUUUAUGUAUAUAUAUUUUUCUUUGAAAAUGCGUAUGGCUGACGCGCAUUUUCGUUUCUUUGUACAUUUAAAGUACAAGAUGAUAAAACCAUCAUGAAAGAACCCAUUUUAUGCCAUAAAAACAAAAAUAACAUUUCCACCUCUAAUAAAGCUUUAAUAUUUUGAUCAUGA